AUGAAAUCAUGUCGACAAGCUUCAUUAUCUACAUCUGUGUCGUACAAACCAUUUAGCAAAUCAAAACGUGCAAAGAGAAUAUCGAAAAGCACAGUAAAUAGAGACACCAAAAAGACUUCUCCCACCAGCACCACCAGCACCAGCACCAACACCAACACCAACACCGACACCGACACCGACACCGACACCAACACCAACACAUCCACCCAGGAUCCUCCUACACAACAUACGCCCUUCCCAGGAAUGUUCAAAUUCACAACGAUUGCCCACAAAACCAACGACGCAUCACAACCGCUAAUUGCACUAACCACCCGACAAGGCAACCGGUACUUGUUUGGUAAAAUCCCCGAAGGAACUCAACGUAUAAUCAAUGCCAUUGGAUCCAACGAAGUCCGAUUCCCCAAAUUGCAAACGAUUUUCCUCACGGGGACCAUUUUCACAUGGGGUGAUAUUGGUGGAUUACCGGGGUUGUUUCUAACCAUUAGCGAUGCGACUAAAAAGGGGAUUAGAGUUGUGGGUGAGUGUGGAUUGUUGUCGUAUAUCGUUGCUACUUGGAGACAAUUUGUUUUUCGAUUAGGUAUCGAUUUGGAGAUUGUCGAUGUAGAUCACGAUCCUGAUGCUGUGGUUAAAAAUGAUGAGAUUGUAGUUCGAGCUAUCAAGAUACAACCAAAGAGCGCAACUGCAACAUCAUUAGAAGAAACGUCAGCACUAGCAAAGUCUACAUCAAGUAAAGCAUUGACACAAAUUCGCAAGUUGGCAUCACUCAUGUUCCCCUUGGACACAAGCGAGGUCAAUAGUCGUGAUCCAAACUCGUACAAAUCAGACCCGUCACUGAAGGAUAUUCACACGCAUGUUCAACUUCCACCCGCUUCUCAAUUGAUCAAAAAGCGUCAGGAUUCAUUAUCGUACUGUAUAGAAUUUGUACCCAUCCCGGGCAAAUUCGAUGCUCGGAAAGCUAAGGAAUUGGGGUUGAAACCAGGCCCCAUUUUCAAGGAGUUGGUGGCGGGAAAUUCUGUGGUUAACGAAGCAGGUGAUACUAUCUUGCCUAGUCAGGUAGUUGGACCUGAUCGGGUGUUGCCCAAAGUGUUGGUUAUUGAUAUACCGAGUAAAGAGUAUUAUGAGCCAACGGUGGAGAGUAAAGAAUGGCACAGGAUUGAAAAAGUUGGUCUUGUUUACCAUUUCAUUGGCGAUGAUGUUACGUUUGACAUGACUCAGUAUCAGACUUUUCUUGACAAGUUCCCACCAGAUUGCAAACAUCUCAUUAGUCAUAGAUCAAUAACCAACAAUAUCAUCAUAAAUGAGAAAUUUGCAUUGGGCCAUUUGAAAUUGAUGCAAAUUAUGCCAGAGAAUUUCCAAUUAAUGAACCUGGAUGAGUUCAGACCGUUGAGCGAUAAGGAGAGCAACGUGAAUAGACUACAUGCUUUACAAUAUAUGGGUAUUGAUGACACUGGAGUUUAUUGUGACAAUACAAACAUCCUACGCAGCUCCAAUGAAUCUUUAUACAGAGAAAUGGUGCAACAGGAAGCGCAAGAUGCAUCACCAUCACCACCCUUACUACCCUUACCACCACCAGUUAAAUUUGAUUCACUAAAAUCCAGAUUCGACUUGAACUUGAACAAGACGGCCGACAACGAUACCAAACCCACCAAUUUGAAAAAUUUGGUGCAUAUAUGCACCCUAGGCACGGGAUCGGCACUUCCUAGCAUAUCACGCAACGUUCUUUCAAACUUGAUACGAAUUCCGUAUCAACACAGUGACGGGUCCAUUACUUAUCGAUCCAUCAUAUUGGAUGCUGGUGAAAACACCAUUGGAAGCAUGUUGCGCAAUUUCGGUCAAGAUGGAGGUUUAGACAUGCGCCAAAUUUUCUCUGAGUUGAGUUUGAUCCAUUUAUCGCAUUUGCAUGCCGAUCAUCACCUCGGUAUGAUUUCGAUGAUCAAUAAAUGGUUUGAAUUGAAUAGUCGAGAUACGGAUAAACGAUUGUACUUGGUUGUUCCAUGGCAGUUUAUUACUUUUGUGCAUGAUUGGUACAGUUUGGAACUGCAAUACAAUCCAUCUGUUGAUCUAUCACGAUUAUGCAUGUUUAGUAAUGAGGAUUUUUUGCAAGGUGGAGGUGAGAGUAACGGUGGUGGCAGUGGCAAUGACGGGGGUAGAUUACCCGAGUAUGAGAAACUCACAAUUGGUGAAUUUGAACAGGCGUACGAUUGUGGGGACAUCCAUAGACCCAUCGCUAAGGCACCUUUGUUGCCAGUGAACACUGCGGUGAUUGAUGAAAUGUAUGACGCGUUAGGUAUUGAAUCAAUCUCUACAGUACGUGCCCUCCAUUGUGCAUGGUCAUACUCUACAGCAUUCAAAUUCAGGCUCAAUUCAAACAGCAGCAACACCACUAGCGACAACAAGGUUGCACCACAGUUUUUCAAAAUUGCAUUUUCAGGAGAUACCAGACCCAACCCCAAAUUCUGCUCAAUGGCACACAAGUCCGACUUGCUAAUCCACGAAGCGUCCCUCGACUCAUUCUGGAUCGAUGAAGCAAUCGCCAAAAAACACACAGCCAUGGUUGAAGCGGUUGCAGUUUGCCACUUGAUGCAAUGCCCCAAUUUGCUCUUGACCCAUUUUAGCUCAAGGUAUGGAAUGAGCAAUAACUGUGUGGCGAAACUGGCCUUGGGUAAAGAAGCACGUGAUUUGCAAUUGCAAUUGUUGAGGAAACAACCUCGUGUGUUUGAUAUUUUCCGUAAUGCCAAUUUGGAUAAAUUGAAAGAAAUUGACAUUGUGUUUGCUUAUGAUUUGAUGAAUAUUCGAUAUGGCGAUUUUGAGAAACAGGAAGAGAAAUGGCCUCAAUUACAGGGUCUUUUUGAAGUUAGUUCGAAAAAGAGGAAAUUGGUUGCAGAAGAGGAGGAGAAAGAAACAUAG